AUGGCCUCGCGGGUCCUUGUGUCUGGUCUUCCCCGGUCCCUCCCUCCCCUUCCUCCGGGCCCUGGCCCUGCCUGUGUCCCCUGUGUCGAGGGGCGCCAGCGUGCUGCCCCUCACUCCUCCCAGUUUCCUCCGACAGAGGCCCCGUUGCAGACGCUUCACAUGGACGUGUGGGGCCCAGCCCGCGUCCGUGGACAGAGUCAGGAGCGCUACUUCCUGCUGGUGGUUGACGACUACUCGCGUUACACCACAGUCUUCCCCUUGCGCAGCAAGGGUGAGGUCACUCAGGUGUUGAUCGACUGGAUCCGCGCAGCUCGUCUUCAGCUUCGGAGAAGCUUUGGCUCUGACUUCCCUGUCUUGCGUCUGCACUCGGACAGAGGCGGAGAGUUCUCCUCUGCCCUCCUGAGUGCCUACUGUCGUGUGCGAGGCAUCCGUCAGACCUUCACGCUUCCGGACUCACCACAGCAGAAUGGGAUCGCUGAGCGCCGCAUUGGCAUGGUCAUGGACGUCGCUCGUACGUCCAUGAUGCAUGCGGCUGCUCCCCAUUUUCUGUGGCCGUUUGCGGUCAGGUACGCUGCGCACCAGAUCAACCUCCAACCCAAGGUCUCUCGACCGGAGACCUCCCCAGCUCUGUUGUGGACGGGGAAGGUUGGCGAUGCGUCGGCGUUCCGGGUCUGGGGAUCUCGGGCGUUUGUUCGCGACCUGUCUGCGGACAAGCUGUCUCCUCGUGCUUCUCCCUGCGUCUUCCUCGGGUUCCCCCCCGACGCCCCUGGGUGGCAGUUUUACCACCCCACCUCUCGACGUGUUCUGUCCUCCCAGGACGUCAUGUUCGACGAGUCGGUACCCUACUACCGCCUCUUCCCCUACCGCACUCCGUCCCUCCCCCCACCCCCGCUCUUCCUGGUACCAGGUCCCCCCCCAGUAGUCCCCCUCCCCCCUCAGGGUCCUGCCCCUUCAGGUGUGUCUCAGGUAGACGCGGUCGAGCCUGUCGAGGUCACUGGUGACUCCGGUGCUGCUGCGGGAGCUGAGCCUGGGGGUGCGGAGUCUAGGGGUGCUGAGCCUGGGGGUGCUGAGCCUGGGGGUGCGGAGUCUGGGGGUGCUGGGCCUGGGGGUGCUGAGCCUGGGGGUGCUGUGCCUGGGGGUGCUGAGCCUGGGGGUGCUGUGCCUGGGGGUGCUGUGUCUGGGGGUACUGAGCCUGGGGGUGCUGAGCCUGGGGGUGCUGAGCCUGGAGGUGCCGAGCCUGGAGGUGCUGUGCCUGGGGGUGCUUCGUCUCGCCGGGAGCCGCUCUCUCCACAGGAGCUGCGUGAGUGGUUUGCCUGGCGCUGGAGGCGUGCCGCUGGUGCUGGUGGUUCUUCGGCUGCGGAGGGCGCUGCUGCCACGCGACCUGGCGGUGCUCGUCCUGUGGGUGCUGGAGCUGCUGGGUCUGAGGGUUCUCCUGGAGCUGGUCCUGCUGAGGACGUUGACGCUGAGCCUGCGGUUGGUGGUCCGACUGACGGUGCUCCUGGUGCUGCUGCUGGAGGUUCUGGAGCUUCUGGUGGUUCUGCUGGAGGUGCUGCUGGAGUGGGUGCUCCGGCCGGAGCUGCUGGUUCUGUUCCUGCUGUUUCUGGCGUCGCCGCGCGGUCUCGACCGUACUUCGUUCCGCUCCUGGAGCAGGUUCUUGGUCUUGCUCCUCCUCCUCCUCCCUUAGAGGGUCCGCAGCCUGUCCGGUCACAGCCACAGCUAGAGCCUGCCUCCCCUUUGCCUGCUCCUUCUCCCUACGCUGGUCCGACUGGAGGCCUUACUGAGCGUCGUGAGCCUGCGUCUCGUCCUGCGUCGCCUGUUCGUACUGAGCGCGCUAGUGGUCGCGGGUCGCGUCAGCGUCCUCCUCCUGUCCCUGGCACGCACCGGAUGUCACUGCGUCCGUCCACUGCUCCUCUGCGUGCCCCUUUGCCUUCUCCUCCUGCUUCCUCUCUUCCUGCUCUUGCCGACACGGAGUCGGACUCUCUUCGUGCUGCCAAUCCUACUGUCACGCGUCUCCUUGCUACUGCUGUCACUGACCCUUCCUUCGAGUCGUCUGCUGCGUCUGCCCUUGUCACUGAGCUUGUCGACUUUGCUGCGCGCUGUCGUCUAGACUACGCUGCUCGUCUUGUCGCUGAGUCUGAGUCCGCCUGUCCUCCGUCCGUCGGGGGUGAGUGUGCCCUUGGCACGGACGUCCUAGAGGACAGGCAGGAGGAGUUCCAGUGUCUAGCCGCUGCUUCACCUCGUCUCGCGUCUGUACUGCUAGCCCCUGAGGGAGACCCGGAUGCACUAGACAUCCCGACUCCGCGUUCUUACGCGGAGGCCGUAGAGGGUCCCUACUCCUCUCAGUGGCAGGCAGCUAUGGAUGCAGAGAUGGCUUCCUGGAAGUCCACAGGCACCUACGUUGACGCGGUUCCCCCUCCUGGGGCGAACAUCGUCAGUGGCAUGUGGAUCUUCAGGGUGAAGCGGCCGCCGGGCUCGCCGCCUGUCUUCAAGGCGCGUUACGUGGCUCGUGGCUUCAGUCACCGGCAGGGAGUUGACUACUUUCAGACCUUCUCUCCCACCCCGAAGAUGACCACUCUUCGGGUGCUGCUGCACAUUGCCGCUCAGCGCGACUACGAGCUUCACUCUCUCGACUUCAGCACUGCGUUCCUGCAGGGUAGCCUGCACGAGGAGAUCUGGCUGCGCCGUCCGCCUGGCUUCACUGGGACUUUCCCUCCUGGCACCCAGUGGAGCCUCCGACGGCCAGUCUACGGUCUCCGCCAGGCACCGCGUGAGUGGCACGACACACUGAGGACUACGCUUGCGGCUCUUGGGUUUGCUCCUUCUACUGCUGACCCGUCGCUGUUUCUUCGCACCGACACUUCCCUGCCGCCGUUCUACAUCCUCGUGUACGUCGACGACUUGGUCUUUGCCACAGCGGACACUGCUGGACUCGCCUACGUGAAGUCCGAGCUGCUGAAGAGACACACGUGCACAGACCUGGGUGAACUGCGCAGCUACCUUGGCUUGCAGAUCACUCGGGACAGAGCACGCCGCACCAUUACCCUGACUCAGUCACACAUGGUGCAGCAGGUCCUUCAGCGCUUCGGCUUCACGUACUCCUCGCCUCAGGCCACUCCUCUGCCUACUCGCCACUCACUCUCAGCUCUGCCUUCGGAUGAGUCCGUAGAGUCGAGUGGUCCGUAUGCAGAGCUUGUUGGCUGCCUCAUGUACCUGAUGACCUGCACACGACCUGACCUUGCAUACCCUCUGAGCAUCCUUGCACGCUAUGUUGCUCCUGGGAGACACCGACCAGAGCACAUGGCUGCAGCGAAGAGGGUAUUGCGCUACCUGUGCAGUACGUCGGGCAUGGGGCUAGUGCUUGGAGGGCGGAGUCCAGUGGUCCUUACUGGGCACGCAGACGCUUCUUGGGCUGACGACCAGGCUACGCAGCGGUCGUCACAGGGUUACACCUUCAGCCUUGGUUCCGGCUCUGUCUCGUGGCGGUCUACUCGCUCGUCUUCGGUUCUCGGCUCCAGUUGUGAGGCUGAGAUCUACGCCGGGGCCAUGGCUGCACAGGAGCUUCGCUGGCUCACCUACCUGCUGGCUGACCUUGGAGAGCUGCCUCGUUCUCCUCCAGUGCUGUACGUAGACAACAAGGCCAUGUUGGCCUUGUGUCGAGAGCAGCGCUUGGAGCACAGAACGAAGCACAUUGCUCUCCGCUACUUCCUUGCUCGUGAGCUGCAGCAGCGUGGUCAGUUGCGACUUGCUUACAUUAUUAUAGCUGAUGCAUGUUUGUAG